AGCGGGGUGGGGUGUUCAGUGACUCCUUUGGCAGGCGGGGGGUUUGCGGUGCAGGCGGCGGGUGUGUGAGCUGCAGGGAGGCAGAAAAGAAACGCCCUAGAAAGCCUUGGGUCGGGAAGAACUUUCCCUCCAUCUGAAUGCUCCGCUCCCUGGGUUUUGUGGGGUCUGUGUAACGCAGUUGUAGCAGAAUGAUACAAGUUCUAGAUCCAAGGCCUCUACCCAGUUCCAUCAUGCCUGUAGAUGUGGCCAUGAGAAUAUGCUUGGCCCGUUCCCCACCUCUGAAGAGUUUUCUCAAUCCACUUGAUGAAUACCAAAGAAGAAACUUUGUCCACCGAUUCAAACCUCUCAGACCAUGCCUUAAUGUGAAGCGUGAAACUGAGUCCCCGAACAGUGACUGGAAGCACUCAGCCAGUCGAGCUAAGAAGAGGGUUGUCUUUGCAGACUCUAAAGGCUUUUCUCUGACUGCAAUCCAUGUCUUCUCCGAAUUCCAGGAAAAUCCAGCAUGGGAUCUUCAGUUUGACUUGUUAGAUCUCGAAGACAUAACUGCUGGCCUGAAGCUACAUGAAGAACAGAACUUAAUUCUAGGUUUCACACCACCUUCGGCUGACUACUUGGACUUCCGGAACCACCUACAGAAGAACUUGGUGUGUCUUGAAAACUGCACCCUCCAAGAACGAGCUGUGUCAGGAACUGUGAAAGUGAAAAAUGUCAGUUUUGAGAAGAAGGUGUGCAUACGGAUCACCUACGAUUCAUGGAAAACCUAUUCUAACAUUGAUUGUGUCUAUAUGAACAAUGUGUAUGGCGACUCAGACAAUGACACCUUCUCUUUUGCAAUUGACUUGCCUCCCGCCAUUCCUACAGAACAAAAGAUAGAGUUUUGUGUGUACUACCAAACAGGUGACAACAUCUUCUGGGACAAUAAUGAUGGGCAGAACUACAAGAUUGUUCAUGCAGAAUGGAAAUCUGAUGGUGUCCAAGCACCGGCAUCUCCCAAGAAAGAGUGUGUGGUUCUUAAGCCUUCAAGAAAAGCACACAAAACUGGCUGUGAGCAACAACUUGGGAGCCCUCGGAUAACAAGUGGCCUCUUCCCUGAAUGGCAAAGUUGGGGCAGAAUGGAAACCUCCUCUCCCUAUUGGUGAAGGAGAUAAACCAUAGAAGCAUCUGCUGUCAGCAGCUGAACUUGGGCCAUCUUUGGCUUCAUAAUGUGCAGCAGAAACAAUCAACUAGGAAGCAUUUGUGGACUGCUUACCAAGGAAGGAAGGAAGGAAUGCUAAAUGUAUUCAUUUAAGAACAAGCCAGCCACAACUUGAGACUUGGCACAAUAGUAAUUCAAUGAGAAUAUCACCUCAUGUGAAACUGGCAUAUAUGUUCAACAUAUGUGAUUUGUAUGCGCUGCUAUUCACUUGCCUUAAUGGAAGAAGGGUGAAAGAGACAUCAGAGGGAAGAACACUGUGUAGGGUGCUUUUUUGGGAAGCUGUGAUUGUGUGAGGUAUGUUGAAUAAGUAGGUCCCAAGAAAAAAGAUCUUUGUUCCUGUUGUAAGUUGUAGUGGAGACUCUGAGGGAUAUGGAACUAUGAGUCCUUACACCUGAACUGAGAAUGGGCAAAUACUGUCCAUAAUAUAAUGGAGUGAAUAUAAUUCUGGUGUGGAAGUAUCUUUUUUUCCCAGCAGGAAUGAAGUGGAAAGGAAGCGAAAGAGCAUUGAAAGGGGAAAGAGGUAUGAUGGACUGUACUACAAGGAGGUGUGAAGUCUGGAGGAAUCUGACCUUCAAAAUGCCAAAAAUUAUUUUAAGGGGCUGUAGAGCAUAAUAAGAUACACAAUGCUUUGUUCCCACAAAUUAGAGGUGGCACUGUUUGGAUCCCAAGGGAGAGAAGUCUUCGAAGUUUUAUGACGGGCAAGAGAUCAGGAGUUGCAGCUUCCUUGGUUUUGAGGGGGUUACGGAGUUUGACCUGCUACAUUUCCUUUCAGUCUGGCUUGGGUGUGUGUGGAGGGGGUGAGAGAAAGUGUGAAAAGAACGAGGGGGUUGGGAACUUUGUAUAUAAAUAGGCCCUGCAUACUUGUAGGCUUGGUUUGAAGAAUCUGUCUUUCAAUGUGCUGUACAAAUGGCAACCACAUUUCACAGCAGCUUUCCAUCCUGUGUACACAAAGGCUAUGCUUUCAAUUCCAUAGGGAGAUCAUGCUAUUCCUUUCAAGAGAGAGAGAGAGAGAGACUUAGAAAAUGCCUUAAAUCUGUAGACGUUGACUACUGAUCUUGCCUUGUUAAAGUAGACACAAAUUAUCAUGCUUGUUGCAGAGUUUAGUUGUAUUUCCAGACCCCUAAAAUGAGCUCUUCACAGAAGUAAAACAGACCCGAGAAAUUAUAGUCCUUCAUAUUGAAGGGGUGAUAAUGUAGCUGAACUUCUCAAGCUAAUCCAUUCAAAUGACAAGAGUAUGCAUCUUGCACAUAAAUAGAAAUAGUUUUCUAUCCACUUUCUCAUACCUCAUUUUUCUUCGGUAGCUUUUACAGAUGCAGAAAGCUUUGUUUUUUAAAAAAAUUAUAUUAAUCUCCAGAUAUCAUAUUUGUUGUAAAUAAUAGCGUGUGACUGUAGUUUUGGCACAGGGCUGUAUAGGAUGAAGCCAGUCUGAUUGGGGGUAUGUAUGCACCUCUUGUAUUCAUCAACCUGUUUUUAAGUGGUGUGGGCAAUGGAAAAUGCAAAUCAAAUGCCUAUGUAUGUUACACUAAAAUUGAGAUGGAAUUUGUAUUGUAAAAUUAAUGGGAAUAGCUUCUUUCACCUGUUUCCCUGACUACUUUAUCGCACUACUGUGUAAAAUAACUCACUUCAUUAAUAAAUUGUGUUUUGAUA